CGCUUCAGGGCUCUGUGCCCAACUUCCACCCUCUGGAAACCAGGGAGAAGACAUGGAAAAGCAAAAUGUUAAGAAUGUUUCUUUCUGCUCCAGGGAUGAAGAAGGAUCCGUGGGAGAGGAAGGAGAAGUAGGAAAAAGGGAGCCCAGAAGAGCAGGAAGAAGACCACGCUCCCAUCUCCUCAUUAACGAGCAUCUUCCAUAUGACAAUAACCCGCGGGGAGCAGCCUUCCUCAGCCCCGCUCCACGCCCUGCUGCUGACAGCCAUGCAGGGUCUGACAACACCCACCCUGGAGAGAUUUAGAGCCGCAGAGGAGGAGCUGAGGACCAUCGUAUCUCUCCACGGAGACAAGAUGGAGAGAGUUGGAGACGUCGUGGGAGGGAUCUUAAUCUGGUUCGACAACGUCUGUGAUCCCAGAGCCAGAAAAGCAGCGCUGAGGGCAACGGCCUUGCUGGCUCGCUCCCACCCCCAGGACGUGGUUCUAACCUGUGUGGCUCACACGCUGUCAUCGCACAGAUGUGCCAUUGAGUUGUGGAAGGCCUUGGGUGAAGAACCACAGCUCACCAGGGAGAUGCUGCAGCAGCUGCUGGAUAACCUCCAGCAGAGACGCCGGGAGGAGAAGAGCGGCAAUGUGUCUCUGGCUGCAAUGAAGACCAUUUACGAGGUCCUUUCCUAUGGGGAUACCGAGAAGCCAUCCUGGAAAUGUAUCCCCAGCUGCUCAUCCUCUGUAUCAGGCAAGUGCAGUAUGUGAUGGAUCUGCACUUGCCAGGGACCUACACGGCCAGCGAGACAUCCAGCCCCGAGGAGGGAUCCAGCUGCCUCAGUCCCCUAAGCACGUCAGUGGAGGCUGUGAAGACUCUUUUCUCCAUGUCCGGCUACUAGAAGGAAUUUGCCAUCAUCCAGUUUCAGCAGGGUUGGGACAUGAUAGCCUCCCGAUAUUACUACUCACAGGGUGUUGGCCUGAUUGCAAGAGCCAUGAUCGAGUUUGAGAUCCCUCAGCUCCCUGCAGUUUUCAGAGAGGCAAUCACCAUCGUCCAGAGUGAGAGGGAGGAGGAGCAGAGAACGAUCGCCAUGGCUUUCUGCACUGAGUUUCUCCAGAGUCCUUCCAUUGACACAGUACUG